AGAAGAAGAAGAAGAAGAAGAAGAAGAAGAAGAACAAGAAGAAGAAGAAGAAGAAGAAGAAGAAGAAGAACAAGAAGAAGAAGACUAUACCAAGAUGGCGGCUCCGUUGCACGUCAACGCCAAUAGGAAGUUGCGGUCGAUGCAGCGUCUAUUCUUUAUUAUGUCUAUGGUGUUUAUCGUAGAUAUCAUAUGGUUUUUAUGGACACCGGGCGCUACAGUGUCAAAUCAGGGAGAACAUCGUAGUCCUUGGGUCACCCAAUUAUUAAGGCAAUUUGAGGUUAAACUGUUAGCUCGCACAGAUAGCCUGGUAGUGUAUAGGUGCAGGUUUUAAGCUGUCUGUUAGCCCUCAGAGUGAGAUGUUAGCCAAAAGCUAAAUCUGGAGUAAGUUUGUGCUAGCUCUCGGUCGCUGUAGCUGGGGACAGGUAAACUCAAGUGUUUGUGUUAAUGUAAGUUUUUUAAUCAUUAAGUUUGUUAAUGUGCUACAAGAAGUAAUAGAAAGGGGUUAGUCAGGCUGGCGAGAUGAAGUGACAGACACCGCAGCUAUGUUAGCUCACAGUUGUCAAGUUAGAUUUUGUGGAAUUUUGUGACUGAGUUUUAAAGUUAUGUGGUUGUAGGUUAGGGAUAUUGUCGUAAAUUAUGGUAGCUCAGAGUAAGUGAUAUUGAGAGUAUACGAUGUGACUCACGAGUGUCAGCAAAAACGAUGCGAGCUGCGUAUAAAAGAUGCUCAGUGACCGCAUGUGUGAUUGUAUUGUGUCAGUGAAGAUGGUCAAAAUAACAAUAAAAGGCUUUUUUGGACGCCUGAUUAACUUUGUUGUAAAAGUUAUCAUAUUGCUUGUUAUCUUGUAUGCAGGCGGAGGAUGUCUGUGGCAGCUCUUCGCAUGAUCCGCUGUCGGAGACUGAGCUCAGCUGGGCCGUCUGGUGUCAAAAAGGUGCUUCAGUGGAAAGAUCUCAGUAAGUUUUCUGGCAGGGGUGGAAAGGAUCUGAUCACAUUAAACCACGUUACUGCAAUUUUAAUAGUAUGUAAAUGAUGACUGAUGGACCAGAGUCUUUGUAAUCAUUCACACAGACUUAAGUACUUAGAAACCAUGGAUUGAAAUAGGUCUUUGUUGAAGCAUCCUCAAUUCCUUUAUCUGAACGGUAUUCAUUAAAUGAUUUAUUUUUUGCUGGGUCUUAGGGAAGGUUGCCAAAGUAACUAGUGCAGUCAUCUUUGGGUAAGUUUAAUCAUCCAUAUACAUAUUUUAAUCUAUACCUUCAAUGGCCACUUAUGACCACUGCACCGUAUCCCUAUACAUACUGCAGCAUAUUUGUUACCUUUCUGCAGGGGCUGUUUAUUUAUCACUUAUGAAGUGGUGGCCUUGGACAAGGCUGUGACCAUUGACACCAGUGCUAUACUUCAGGAGAAGUACAAGUCUUACAUUUACCUGAGAGCCACUCCCUCAGAUGAAAAGGAUAACCUGACUGCAGGUAAAAAAUGCUGUUUAUGCAAAACAAAGUCAGGCAGUAUCAUGAGAUUGUUAAAAAACCCAAGAUAAAACUCCUUGAGGAGUUUUUAUGGUUAUUGAACAGGCUGAAAUAAUCAUGGAUAACUUUUAUGACCUAGAAAAGUGAACUAGAUCUUUGUCAAAAUGACUGAAAAUCUCAUUUGAAAUGUUUUUAACUGCUGCGAUAGUCUAUGUGACAUAUUCAGCAACUCACAACAGUGAGGAAAAGCCCUCUGUGAAAUGAUAAGUGGUGAAUUUGACCAUUGAAUGAAAGCAGGAGGUUUUUUCCACAUGUACAGGGCAAGAUCAGCAAAUAUGAAAGAGGUAUCACUUUGUCCAAAGGGCACCAAUAUUAGCACACAUAUAAAGUUAGGAGGAGCUUUCAACUAAUAGAACAUUUUUAUGUUUCUAUUUGGUUUGCAUGCUUUGGAUGUUUCUCUAGCCCCCAAAGCAGCAGGAUGACAGUUGGAAUCAUGCAAAGUGACUUUUUAAAACCUUUUUCCUUGAGUAUAAGCACUAAGUAGAUUAUAUCAAGGUGUCCAGUGACAUCUGCAAUUCUUACUUCCCAUCCCUUCAUCCUUCCCCUUGAAUGUCUCUCCUGCUUACAUGUUGUGAUCUAUCUGCUAAGUGAUCUGACUUCCACUAUUCAAGGUUCUCUUAUAUAAAAGAAAUUAACACCUUCCAACCUACACAAGUGUAAUAAUAGCUCUUGUCACCAUGGUGUCGUGUUUUCAUACUACGGUUAUCAAAUUUUCAAUGUCAGCUUAUAUUCUUAUUUCCUACACUGUGUAUUUUACAGGGCUCACACAUAAAGCUAGGAGGGAGCUUCAUAAAGCAGCAAGACGGUUUCUGGAAAUGUCAUCAAGGCUUUUCCUGCAGUCAUUAGAUGGUGAGAGAACAAAAUAUUCCCCUGGUGGUACUUGUUCACUAAGAGUCACUUUUUCAUAGCAUAGUGGGAAACUGUGGUUCUGCUUUGCAUGUUUCUAAGGCUUUAGAGCAGAAGUUUUUGUUGCUAAUAAGCGCUCAAAUAUUUAUUCUUUGUUGAGCAAUGAUUUUCAUCUAGAGUGAGUGGUGAGGAAAUACCUGCCUUUUACUUGCACAUCCUGUUUUGAGCAUCUUGUAGUUGGUGUAUAAUCGUGCAUAUUGUUCAGUGAGUGAUUUACACAUGUAUGAUGGGUUUUUUUUGUUUUUGUUUUUCUUGUUCCAACUUUGUGCUGAUAACACAUGACUUUCUUUCUGUAAAUGUACCAAAUUCAGAUUACAUGAUUAUGCAACAGCUUUUCAUGACUUUACAUUUCAGUAACACAUCUAACAAACUAAUUUUUCACUUUAAAAUAAUGAUAGCAGCCAAGUUGAUGCCACAUGGUCUGAAACCACAAGGUUUGUACCUUCUUAACUGUUGUACAGACUGAAGGUGGUGUUGUAGACACUUAGUAAUUACAAAACCCAAUUCCAUUGAAGUUGGGAAAUUGUGAUAAACAUAAAUAAUAACUGAACACAAUGAUUUGCAAAUCCUUUUCAACCUAUAUUCAAUUGAAUACACUACAAAGACAAGAUAUUUAAUGUUCAAACUUAUGAACGUUUUUUUUUUGUUGCAAAUAAUAAUUAACUUAAGAAUUUGAUGGCAGCAACACAUGACAAAGAAGUUGGGAAAGGUGGCAAAAAAUACUGAGAAAUUUGAGGAAUGCUCAUCAAACACCUAUUUGGAACAUCCCAUAGGUGAGCAGGCUAAUUGGGAACAGGUGGGUGCCAUGAUUGGGUAUUAGAGCAGCUUCCCCAAAAAUUCUCAGUCAUUCACAAGCAAGGAUAGGGCGAGGUUCACCACUUUGUGAACAACUGCGUGAGCUAAUAGUCGAACAGUUUAAGAACAGCGUUUCUUAAAGUACAAUUGCAAGAAUUUUAGGGAUUUCAACAUCUACUGUCCAUAAUAUUAUCAAAAGGUUCAGAGAAUCUGGAGAAAUCAUUGCACGUAAGCGGCAUGGCCGGAAACCAAUAUUAAAUGUCCGUGACCCUCAGGCGGCACUGUAUCAAAAACCGACAUCAAUGUGUAAAGAAUGUCACCACAUGGGCACUUCAGAAAACCACUGUCUGUAAAUACAGUUCGUCACUACAUCUUUAAGUGCAAGUUAAAACUCUACUGUGCAAAGCGAAAGCCAUUUAUCAACUACAUCCAGAAACACCGCCAGCUUCUCUGGGCCCGAGCUCAUCUAAGAUGGACUGACUCAAAGUGGAAAAGUGUUAUAUGGUCUGAUGAGUCCACAUUUCAAAUUGUGUUUGGAAAUAGUGGAUGUCGUGUUCUCCGGGCCAAAGAGGAAAAGAACCGUUUGGACUGUUAUCGACGCAAAGUUCAAAAGCCAGCAUCUGUGAUGGUAUGGGGGUGCAUUAGUGCCCAAGGCAUGGGUAACUUACACGUCUGUGAAGGCAACAUUAAUGCUGAAAGGUACAUACAGGUUUUGGAGCGACAUAUGCUGCCAUCCAAGCAACGUCUUUUUCAUGGACGCCCCUGCUCAUUGUCUUGCCCCUGCAAGACAAUGCCAAGCCACAUUCUGCUGUACAUCAAGCAAGAAUGGGAAAGAAUUCCACCUUUUUAAAGCUCCAACGAUUAGUCUCCUCAGUUCCCAAACGUUUAUUGAGUGUUGUUAAAAGGAAAGGUGAUAUAACACAGUGGUAAACAUGCACCUGUCCCAACUACUUUGGCACGUGUUACAGCCAUGAAAUUCUGAGUUAAUUAUUAUUUGCAAAAAAAAAUAAAUAAAGUUUAUGAGUUUGAACAUUAAAUAUCUUGUCUUUGUAGUGUAUUCAAUUGAACAUAGGUUGAAAAUGAUUUGCAAAUCAUGUUCUGUUUUUAUUUACGUUUAUUACAAUUUCCCAACUUCAGUGGAAUUGGGUUUUAUAGAUUAGCACUGUAAAACAGCAAUGUCAUUACGGUGUAUUCGUAAUAUCUUUCGUCCACUUUGUGUGGUUCUUGGAAAAUAAAGUCAGUUUUGUCUCUGUUUUUGUAGAGCACUUUAGUCAUGUGGACGCAGACCCGCAUGAGGUGGCGUUAUGGGUCUUACUGAAGAGAACACAAUCAGCUAAUAAAGCCAUUCGACUCCAGGCGGUGCAGGAGCUUGCAGACAAUCACCAGUGGCAUGGUAAAAUUACAAAACAUAUACAUGCAUUCUAAAUCCCCUUUAAAGUACAAUGAAAAUGAUGAAAGUAGUUUGGAUUACUUCACAAAUGUUACCAAUAAUGCAGACUACCAGUACCAGACAGCAGCUCAAGUUAUAGACCACAGAACAGCAGUGGGUCUGGCCCGGACUCCUCAGGUGGACCUUCGAUUCUUCCUCCCCUCACCUGCAUUACCUGACCCUGAGGAUGUAAGUGGAAUAUUUUCUCACACAAAACACCUUCACAUAUCUGUUGCUUGUGAAACAUUGUUUGUCUCAAACUAUAAAUGAAGGAAUGAGCUCUCACAUGCAAACUGUCAUUAUGAAAGAAAUGUCGGCAAUUCAUCUACACUAAUACUUUGAAUUAUCACAUAGAUAAGACAGUAAUGAAGAUUUUUGAAUUUCUUCACAGGGUUUGUCGGCAGAAGAUGGACUGAGGCAGCUCUUAGGAUCUCUGCCUCAGUCUGAGGUGGACAAAUGUGUUCAGUACUUUACCUCACUGGCCCUCAGAGAAAGUACCCAGUCCUUGGCAGCACAACGGGUAACUGAGAUGAGGAGAGAGAUGCAGACAUGCAUUUCUAUGUAGAAGUCAUCAAAUUUGAUGAUUUAUACUUUGAACUUUGACAUUUGUGAAAUCCAUUUUUUUUGUUGUAGGGUGGAUUGUGGUGUUUUGGCGGUAAUGGGCUGCCAUACGCUCAGAGUCUCACUUCUGUUCCCUCUGAGAAGGUGGAGUCCUUCUGUUUACAGGCACUGGUGCAGCACUCAAAGGUAACUAUGGCAGGACAUUUUUCCACAUGCAAGGGGUAGCACUGAGAACACUAUUAUUUGAUACCAUACACUAAAAACAACUGACGUCAUUAUUACAAUAGCUGAUUUGAUCAAAACCUGAAUAACAAUGAAUUUGACUUACCCAUGUGGUUGAUCUGGUGAUUGAAUGUAGUGAAAAUCUCAUCUGCAGGUCCAAAGCCACUGUGACUACAUAGUUGCCAGUGGUGGUCUCCAGCUCCUCCAGAGGGUUUAUCAGCUCCGUAGAGACUCCAUGAAGAUUCAGAGGAAUAUUGUUCGUAUUAUAGGAAAUUUGGCACUUAAUGAGAGUGUUCAUCAGGCGAUAGCUCAGUCUGGUGAGUCUUUAACGUGUAAGAUUAUUCCAGGGAGUGAAGAUUCUUAAAGGGUUGUUAUGACCCAUCUAGGGGUGGCUAGGACACAACAAGAAAGUGGACCCAUUUCACCCACCUCUCAAACAGCCACAUAAAAAAAUCUUUUUGGGUUUAGUUGAUAUCCUAUUUCUGUUCACUGUGGACAAAAAAAAACUUAGUAAUGCAUACAUGCAUCUUUUUUUUCUCUUCCUUACCUUUGUGAUACCUUUAGGCUGGGUAUCUGUCCUGGCUCAGAUGAUGCAAUCGCCCCAUGUCAUGCAGGCGUCUCAUGCAGCUCGGGCUUUGGCCAACCUGGACAGAGAGGCAGUGAGGGAGAAAUAUCAGGAUGGUGUUUAUAUCCUCCACCCACAAACACGUAACAAGUAGGAAAGCAGUUUCUAUUUUCACUUAAUUUUGAUAAUGAAUUAGUUUAAUUCAAUUUAAAUGUAAACCAACACUUACAGUACCUCUUUCAUUUCUAGCCAGCCAAUCAAGGCAGAUGUACUCUUCAUCCAUGGGAUUUUGGGUGCAGCUUUUAAGACAUGGAGGCAGAAAGACCGUAAUACAUUAGAGGAGGAGAAGGAGGCAGAGAGCGAGGAUGAUUACUCAGAGUGCUGGCCAAAGGUGUGAUUACCGCUGAAUAUUUUGAAUCUUCAUGAAAUUCUAUUGCACUCUUUUCCCCAAAUAAUUAAAGAAAUUGAUUUUGACAAGAGGAGAAUCAAUAGUGAAUCAUUGGCUCAAAUGUUAGGGCUUGUGCAGAUUUUGAUUUAUCUUUUUGAGUAUUAUCUGUUAUUUUUUUCUUCUCAGUCAUGGCUAGCUGCUGACUGUCCAAAUCUGAGAGUGCUGUCAGUGGAGUAUGACAGUCACCUCAGUGACUGGAUGGCCAAGUGUCCUGCUGAGAAUCAGAGGUGAGGUGUCUUAGUUCUCCUGCUUUGUUUAAACAGCAGAACAUUGUAGGGCUGUGCAAUCAUGAGUAACAUUAUGUCUAUUCUGUAAUCUAAUUGAUAAAAUUCAUGUUGUUUAUCAUGUAUCUAUAUAUUUCCAAUUCCAGUGGCAUAAAAUAAUUUAUUCUUUAUGUUCUAGUCAUCAUUAUAAACUUGAAGUGAGUAAAAUGUUAGUUCAUACCUUGCUUUUGUCUCUUAAGGAAAUCUUUGGCCUACAGAAGUCGAGAGCUACUGAAUAAGCUAAAGCAGGCAGGUGUUGGAGAGAGGCCUCUGGUCUGGGUGGCUCACAGUAUGGGAGGUUUGGCACAAAUUUUCUUUCUUAAAUACUUCUGAUUUUUCCUUUAGUCUCUUAACCGUAAUAUGAAAACAUUUGACUUGGUCCUAUUUCUAACCUGCACCCAUAUGAUGUUACAUUUGGCUUGUUAGUAAGUGUAGAUUAGUGAGUCUGUAUCCCUUUGUGUUGUACCUCCCCUUCAGGGUUGCUUGUGAAGAAGAUGCUGCUGGAUGCUGUGGAAGAUCCAGAUAUGCACAGAAUUUUAAAGAACACCAAGGGCAUUUUGUUCUAUAGUGUUCCUCACUAUGGCACCUUCAUGGCAGAGUACUCGGUCAACGUCAGAUACCUCCUCUUCCCCUCUAUUGAAGUCAAGGAACUUUGUAAAGGUAAGCAGGUUGAAUGAAUUCUGUGGCCAGAGACACUGAUUAUGUCACAGCAAUAUUUCAUUUUUGACUGAGUAAUCAUCCAUGUGUAUUUAGACUCACCAACACUACGCAACCUGAAUGAGAACUUCCUGAACAUGGCAAAAGAAAAGGACAUCAAGGUGCUGAGCUUUGCAGAGACACUGCCCACAAACAUCGGACCCAUGAUCAAGAUACUGGUGGUACCAACACAGUCAGCAAGUAUGUUUGACUAAAGCAUAUAAGAAAGUAGGCAUAUAUACCAAUGCAUGAAUACCAAGAGCGCACAUCAAGAAACCUUUGUGUUUGUUUUUUAGCUCUUACCUUGAGCCCUUUAUGGUUUGGUUUCAGAUUUAGGCAUCGGGGAGCUCAUUGAGGUUGAUGUAGAUCAUCUCAGCAUCUGCAAACCAGAAAGAAAGGAUUCAUUCCUGUACAAACGAAGCCUUCAGUUCAUCAAGGAUGCCCUGCAGAGCUUCAUCAGCCACUGACUGAAACAAAACAAGUGCCCUCACAGGACCUACUUUAUACUUGAAAUGGUGAAGAGCACCAUCAGCCCCCAAUUCCAAACCAAAAAGAAACAUUACUGCAUCUCUGUGUUACACAUUUAGCUGAACAACCACUGCUGUGAAAAAAAUAUAAUUAAGAAAAUUAAAUAUGCUUUAUGCAUCCUGUUCUAUGGGAAUGUGUACUGUGAUGUCACCAAUGAGAUUAACUUUUGAGAUAAACAGGUAAGGAACAUAAUUACAUCACCACUAGUUAAAAUAAUGACAUUUUCAUCCAGAUUUUACUUUCCUGAGCUUUUUCAGUGUUGUCUUGAAAAUAGUAGCUUAAUAUUUGGCACAAAGCACUCAUUACAUGUACUUAAAAUGCACUGACGUGUCAUUGUCUCGUGUCAUGCUCAGUAUUUUUGAUCAGAGCAAUGGUUUUAUUUUUUUAUUUAUGUAUCUUAUUAUACUAACAGUAUAACAAUCAUGUCUGCCAUAUCAUAUUCUUUUAUCAAUUUUACCUCAAAUGAACCAAUAAAAAUAUUUGUUCAGCGUA